UUGCCAAAUACCCACCAGAAGGCAACUAGAGGUGGGAUGCUAGGCACUGCCCAGGCACCAAUCAGUAGGUGCAUGUCACAUGCGUCCACUCAUCCCUUUUGUCCCUGAGGCCUGGCUGCCAAUAAACUGAACUGAGUGCAGGCUGGGGCUCUUCCCACUUCCAGCUGCCUCACCUCAAGAGCUUCUGCAUGGGAGUAGAGGGUGACGUUACCUGAAUGAGCUCCUAGGACACAGAGCAGGGUCUGAUUGAGGACCGAUACCACAGGGACACAGGAUACCUUGUACGAGCUGACUCCACACCCCCAAAAGCUGUGCUCAGUGUAUGUGCAUUGCACAUGUAUACAGCUUGGGUUGAUUCAUCGGUUCCGGAGGGAUCCUGGACCCACGGAAGGGCAGCGGUCUUGUGUCCAGAGCGAUGCAGAGUCCAGUCCAGCAACCUCCAACUUACCUGCGCCUGCCCUCUGCGUAAUCUGCCCGCACUGCCGAGGCUCGCCAGCCUCCCCGACUACAAGCUGGCCGGGAAUCCAGAGCGCAGUUCCCUUGCCUAAGGAGUCGCGGCGGGAACGUCACAGAGGCGGCGACAUCACAGGCACCAGCGCCCCCAGUAUCUCCAGCGCCCCCACAUCCCCCCAACCAAAGAGCGCACUGGAGGCGGAGGGGCAGCAGCCACCAGCCCGCUCCCCGCCUCCCAGACAGAGCCUCGGUCAGCAUGGGGCUGACAGGUGCCAAUGGAUUUCCCUGCUGUGGCAAGGGGGCAGUGGACAUCGUGGAGAUACCGAAUGACUUCAACUACCGCCGGCCCCACUCCCAAUUGACAGAAGAGGAAGAAGACACAGAGGUGGAGGAAGAAUUGCUAGAGGAGAAGCCUCUGCACAAAGUUGACUCCCAUGAAAACCUGGACUCCCUCCCAGAUCUGGAAGACAGCCCAGAGAUGGGGCGAGGGCUGUACCAGGUAUCCAAGCCUGAAGCUGAGCCCCAGUGGAAGAUGACCACCCUGGAGUGUGAUCCCACCGAGCAGCAGAGUUACAGGAUAGAGACCCUCCAUCCCUACACCGAGGCGAUGCCAACACCAAGGAACUUCAAGCAAUGGAGGAUAAGCUCCAACUCCAGCCUCCAGAGUGUCUCAGAGAAGGAUCAGAUACUCCCUGAGCAUCGCUCCAUCCGCGUGCAGACCUCCAAGCACCUCUUCUGGGCAAAUAAGCUCAUCCAAGCCUCAGAGCACAGCCUGCAACAGGCAGUAAGCAGGCAGUGCAAAGAGAGAGACACAGAGAAGACCCCCAGCCACCCAAAGCAGGAGUCCAACCCCAAUCACCCACUGGGCCCUGAGAAGCAGUUCCAGAUCUCCAGGACCCAGUCAGCUCUCGCAGUCUCAACCUGCCAGCCAACGCCAAGCCCCUGUCUGUCAACCUCCAGCCUCCCGCCGACCAUCGGCCUGGCAGACCUGAUCAAUUUCGCAUCUUCCUUGGCCAUAGCCUCUUCCAGCGACAUACAAUUGCCCAAUUUGGAGAAAAUGAUCAAAGCUUCUCCCCAGAAGUCUGUGGCACCUUCUACAGAGCCUGUGAAACCUUCUGCAGAGCCUGCACAGCCCACUGAGGACAAUCCAAAACUGCCUGAGAAUCCACCCAAAGCCAUGGAGCCAGAGAAAGCUCCAGAACAGGAAAACAACAGCUUCCCUUCUUACCUAGACUUCAACAAGCCCGGGGUCAAGAGAACCACCAUUGAGGGGGAAGUGAAGUUCCUCCAGACACAGGCCACCUCCCCCGAGCUGCAGAAAGCCAAGGAACACUCGGUGCCGGGAACCAAGAAAGGGAAUCCAUUAUUGCUGAAAAUCCAUUUUAAGCUGUCAUCCCCCUCCGUCCCAGAGUAAUGACUAGACAAAACCAGUAAAGCCUCCAGUGCUGGCCCCCCAGCUCAGACUUUUUGUGCAAAUGCUCCUGGACCAAUGAGCUCACCUGGCUGCCACAUCCUAGUCUCAAUUUUUUUAGGGAUGAUACCCCCAUAUUUUAGUUGUCCCCGACUCCAAGGCCCCCAGAGGGCUCCGUCACCCUGCUCCUGGCCAUUCGUCUCACCCUGCUCACUCCCUAGGGUAGUGCCACUUCACUCCACCCAACCAGACUUCAAGGCCACCUGCAAAGACUCACGCUGAGCCCUCAGGAGGUUUCGGAGUCCUCUCUAAGGCUUCAGAUUCUUAGGCUGAAGCCAGGGGCACGCUGGGAUCAUCCAAGGGGGCAGCCCCUCGGGAGUGGGGCUGGGCAGGGAGAGAGGGAGUGUGAAGGGAGUUCUUCCUGUCUCUCCUCAGGGAAGACCUGACAUGGAAAAGGGAUGGUGCCUGGGGGCUUGAAGGAGGCCAAGACACUGAUCCUCCAGGGGGCCAUGGCCUGGAGCUGAAGGUCCCUCAAAUACAGGGAGAGCCCACAAUGAUAAUGGUACACACCCACACACAACCCAGACAUGC